AUGACUUCGUUGUCGUGCCGCGUCAAAUCCCGAUCAAUAGUCACCUUCACCAUCGCUAAAGCUCGCUCUUCCGGGACGAAGCAAUCAAGACCUUCAUAUCUGAAGUCCUCUUGCUCGUCGCUUUACGAUAUUCUUGAUAUUCCCGCCGACACCUCUAACCAAGAAAUCAAGGCCAUAUACUGGCGACUGGCCAAAGUCUACCACCCCGACGUGGCGGCCAUCAACCAAAAAAACUUGUCCACUGACGAAUUCAUGGAGAUUCUCGUCGCGUACUCUACUCUUUCCGAUCCUGACAAACACAUUAAAUACAAUCAGAGCCUAUUCUGGCGACAACGGUCAUAG